UCUACCGCAAUGACGGCGAUCUGCGGCCCUGCGCAGUGAUUCUUUCCCCCCGUUCUUGAAAUCUUUGCUCUUCUUGAUCGAUCGAUCGAUCGAUCUUUCGAUCUUUCCAUGGCGCGGCUGGAGAUCCGGGUCGCUGCCCUCGUGUUCUUGCUGGCGCUGUCGCGGUUCCGAUGCGACGAGGAGGAGAUUUCGCGCAAGACUUACAUUGUGAGGAUGGACAAGGGAGCAAUGCCGGCGAUAUUUCGGACGCACGAAUCCUGGUAUGAAUCCACUCUCGCAGCAGCGUCGGGAAUCCACGCCGCCGCCCCGGCGGCCGAAUUCAUCCACAUCUACAACACGGCGAUGCACGGAUUCGCGGCCAAGAUGAGCGCUCGCCAGGCGGCGGCGCUGGAAUCCGCCCCGGGAUUCAUCCACAUGUUUCCAGACUCCGCCAAGAAGCUCCACACGACGUAUAGCCCACAGUUCUUGCAUCUGGAGCAGUCCAACCACGCGCCAUCGCUCCUCUGGAAGGAUUCCACCUAUGGCUCCGAGGCAAUCGUGGGGAUCUUCGACACUGGCGUGUGGCCGCAGAGCCAGAGCUUCGACGAUCGCAAGAUGUCGCCGGUUCCAUCGCGGUGGAAGGGGACCUGCCAGGCCGGCCCGGGCUUCGAUCCAAAGCUGUGCAACCGCAAGCUCAUCGGUGCGCGAUUCUUCUACCGCGGCUACGAGGCGAUGAGCGGUCCUAUCAACGACACCACCGAAUUUAAGUCGCCCAGGGACUCGGACGGCCACGGCACGCACACGGCCUCCACUGCCGCCGGGCGGGACGUGUACCGCGCGGACCUCCUCGGCUUUGCCGCCGGCACCGCUCGCGGCAUGGCGCCCAAGGCACGCAUCGCCGCCUACAAGGUCUGCUGGCAGUCGGGCUGCUUCGACUCGGACAUCCUCGCGGCUUUCGACCGCGCUGUCUCGGACGGCGUGGACGUGAUCUCUCUCUCGGUCGGCGGUGGAGUGAUGCCUUACUACCUCGACAGCAUUGCCAUCGGCUCCUUCGCGGCCAUGGAGCGGGGGAUUUUCGUGGCUUGCUCGGGCGGGAACGAAGGCCCGACUGAUAUGUCGGUGACCAACAUCGCGCCUUGGAUCACCACCGUCGGGGCCAGCACCAUGGACCGGAGCUUCCCCGCGAAUGUGAAGCUGGGCAAUGGGAUGGUGAUACAGGGGGUGUCGCUCUACAGUGGGAAAGGACUCCCUCACCACCAGCAGCUAAAGCUCGUGUUCCCGAAGCCCAACACCAAGAACGACUCGUACAGCGCGUCGCUGUGCAUGAAGAACACCUUGGAUCCCAAGGCGGCGAAGGGAAAGAUCGUGUUUUGCGAGCGCGGGAGCAAUCCUCGCGUCGAGAAGGGAUACAACGUCCUCCAGGCGGGCGGAGCCGGGAUGAUCCUCGCAAACGCGGUCGCGGACGGCGAAGGCCUCGUCGCGGACAGCCAUCUUCUCCCGGCGACAGCAGUGGGAGCUCGGUCCGGUAGCGUGAUCCGGAAGUACAUGCACAGCACCAGGAAUCCAACCGCGACGAUAGAGUUCCUGGGGACAGUGUAUGGCUCCGGCAACGCGCCAGUGAUCGCGUCCUUCUCGUCGCGCGGUCCCAACCCGGAGACGCCCGAGAUACUCAAGCCCGACUUGGUGGCUCCAGGCGUCAACAUUCUGGCCUCGUGGACCGGCGACGCGGGGCCGACGGGGCUCUCGGCGGACACGAGACGCGUCAAGUUCAACAUCCUGUCCGGGACUUCCAUGGCCUGUCCUCAUGUCAGUGGCCUCGCCGCGCUGCUCAAGUCGGCACACCCGACUUGGAGCCCGGCCGCCAUCCGCUCGGCGCUCAUGACAACUUCUACAAUGGAGGGGAAGUCCGGGCACGUAAUCGGCGACGAGGCCACGUCCAACUCUUCCACGCCAUUCGACUUUGGAUCCGGGCUCGUGGACCCCGUGAGCGCUCUCGACCCGGGCCUGGUGUACGACUUGUCGGUGCGGGACUACGAGAGGUUCCUGUGCGGGCUGAACUACUCGAGCAGGGCCCGGUCGACCGUCACCCGGAGUCACUUCUCGUGUAGCAAGGACAGCACGACGAGGGACCGGCCCAGCAGCCUCAACUAUCCGUCCUUCUCGGUGGUGUUUGAUCUGAGCCAGAAGGCUUACACCACCACGGUGUCAAGGACUGUGACCAACGUUGGGCCGGCGAAGUCUUUGUAUACUGCGAGGGUGGUGGCGCCGAGGGGAGUGGAGAUCACUGUCAAGCCCAGCAAGCUCGAGUUCCAGAAAAGGAACCAGAAGAUGGAGUUUCAGAUGAGCAUCACGGCCAAGUCGUCGCGGUCUGUGGCGGCGGGCGAGUCGGAGACGCAGUUCGGGGUGCUGAUUUGGAGCAACACUCGCGGAGGACGACAGAUGGUGCAGAGCCCGAUCGCCAUCAGCCGGCAGCAGCCAUUUUGAUUCGAUUCGAUCGAUCGACAGGAGAGAAGGUACCGUUAUCAUGAAUGAUGUGAUCUUUGGAUAAGCAGCUCGCUCACCACCAUUCCAGGAAAGCUUUCUCUCUCUCUCUCUCUCUCUCUCUCUCUCUCUCUCUCUCUCUCUCUCUCUCUCUCUCUCUCUCUCUCUUUUUCUUUGUUCUUUCUUGUUUCGUCCCAGAGCAACUCUCCUCCAAAUCAAAUAAGUGAGAUCUCCGAUUCUCUCCGGAAGAAAGGAAUUUUGGAGCGUUUCGUAAGGCUUUUGGCUGGAAAGCCUUACAGUGAGAUUGCGAUUCCAUUCAAAAAAUUCCAGGAAAAAGAUUUGCA